UGCACUGACCAAUUGCAUGUCCGGAGUGGCGCGUGAGGGAGAGGGUGUUUCUGUGCGGCAGGGUGUUCUGAAAUUAGCUAAGAAUAGCCAAGGCUCGUUAAGUUUACUGUUAAAACGGCAACCAGGAGGGCGACGGAUCGUAGCAGAGUACAGAGGACGUAGAAUUUACCGAAUACAUGAGACGGUGUGUCCUCGUGUCGGAAAUUAUCACACAACAUUCGGGGAUUUACGUUUGCAACCAGACAAGUGGCUGCAGGUUGAAUCUGUCUCUCUGCCUUGCUGUGAGAGGAGCGACCAAGAUACAACAUUAAGGAGCGACCGCUGCAGCUGAAGAUGUCUGAUAAUGGGGAGGUCGAGGACAAGCCCCCAGCUCCGCCCAUGAGGAACACCAGCACCAUGAUUGGCUCUUGCAACAAGGACACCACACCCCUAAACCAUGGCUCCAAGCCUCUGCCGCCAAACCCAGAGGACAAGAAGAAGAAGGACCGCUCAAUCCGAUUCAUCCUGACUGGAGGAGGUGAUAAGACCUAUAAGAAGAAGGAGCGUCCAGAGAUUUCUCUGCCGUCUGAUUUUGAACACACCAUCCACGUCGGCUUUGAUGCAGUUACCGGGGAGUUUACAGGCAUGCCGGAGCAGUGGGCCCGGCUCCUGCAGACAUCCAACAUCACCAAGCUGGAGCAGAAGAAGAAUCCUCAGGCCGUCCUUGAUGUUCUGAAGUUCUACGACUCAAAAGAAACAUCCAACAGCCAGAAAUACAUGAGCUUCACAGAUAAAAGCACAGAUGCCUACAGCUCCUCCACCACAACGAGCGCCAAGACUGUGAUGGACACGCCCGCCAUAGCAACCGUAUCCGAGGAUGAGGACGAAGAUGAGGCUGAGCCGCCGCCGGUGAUUGCCCCCCGACCAGAACACACCAAAUCAAUAUACACUCGCUCUGUGAUCGAGCCCCUCCCUCCUCCUCCCACCAAGGAUGCCGCGACCUCCCCCAUCUCUGUGCCGACCGCUGCUGCCGCUGCUGUCACGCCCGCCCCUGCUGCAGAAGGAGCUCCAAGCAGCCCUCCCAGUGCAAGCCCCGCCCCUGGGCCUUCUCUGCCCCGCCCCCAGGACAAAGCCAGAAAGAAGAAGAUGUCAGACGAGGAGAUCCUGGAGAAACUACGGACAAUUGUAAGUGUUGGAGACCCCAAGAAGAAAUACACCCGCUUUGAGAAGAUCGGACAGGGGGCGUCUGGGACGGUGUACACAGCCAUAGACAUCGCUACAGGACAGGAGGUUGCCAUCAAACAGAUGAACCUGCAGCAGCAGCCGAAGAAAGAGCUGAUCAUCAAUGAGAUUCUGGUGAUGAGGGAAAACAAGAACCCCAACAUAGUCAACUACCUGGACAGUUACUUGGUGGGUGAUGAGCUGUGGGUGGUGAUGGAGUACCUGGCCGGAGGUUCUUUGACUGACGUCGUCACAGAAACCUGCAUGGAUGAAGCCCAAAUAGCUGCUGUAUGCAGAGAGUGUCUGCAGGCAUUGGAGUUCCUCCAUUCAAACCAGGUCAUCCAUCGGGACAUCAAGAGCGACAACAUCCUGCUGGGCAUGGACGGCUCUGUCAAACUCACUGACUUUGGCUUCUGCGCCCAGAUCACUCCAGAGCAGAGCAAACGCAGCACUAUGGUCGGGACUCCAUACUGGAUGGCUCCUGAGGUCGUGACCCGUAAAGCCUAUGGUCCCAAAGUGGACAUCUGGUCCCUGGGCAUCAUGGCUAUAGAGAUGGUAGAGGGGGAGCCGCCGUACCUGAAUGAAAAUCCACUCAGGGCGCUGUAUCUCAUCGCGACCAAUGGGACGCCGGAGUUGCAGAACCCGGAGAAGCUGUCAACGAUAUUCAGAGACUUCCUGAACCGAUGUCUGGAGAUGGAUGUGGAGAAGAGGGGGUCAGCUAAAGAACUACUGCAGCAUCAGUUUCUGAAGAUGGCGAAGCCUCUCUCCAGCCUGACUCCUCUCAUUGUGGCUGCCAAGGAAGCUGCCAAGAACAACCGCUAGCAAGCCUUGCACUUGUUAUUUGGUCUGUCGUUCCCUCUUUUUCCAUCAGCCAUCCCUUCCUCUUCUUUCCUCUUUUUCUUUGUUCUGGGGAAUAGGAGGACAGUGAUGGUGGCUGCUAGUUUCCAAAAUCAGUCUUUCUCUCUUUUUUCUUUUUGUUCUUUGUAACCAAUUGCUCCUCCACCCCGUGAACUUUGACCCCAGGCUUGAAACCCCCCCAAAAAAUGUGCAUGGGAAGAAAGAACGCUAGUUUCUUCCUCUAGUCUCCAACACUCAACUGGACACAGACAGGAAGAUGGGGGCAAACGCGAUAACAUUAUCUAGCGAGCUAUGAUCAAGUGAUGUCAUCGCUGACAUCAUAUCCCCCUCAGCUGGUACGAACAACCCUAUGUGGUAAAAAGAGUGUAUCAACAGAGCCCAAAGACUCAUGGGAUUUUUUUUUUUUUUUAAAUCAAUGUGUGUUUGUUUUUCUACCUUGUCUGUGAAAGCCGGACCACAACAGUCGACCAGCACCGUCUGCUGCUGCUGUGUGUGUGUUAGCUGUCAUUCAGUUAAUUUUAAAUUUUUCCCCUUUUUGUUUUAAAAAUCAGCUUUCGUGUGUGUGUGUUUGUCAUGGGGGGUGUUGGGAUAUUAAUUAAGCUGAUUGUAGCGUUACCUUCUGUAGUUUUUGACACAGAGGUGGUGAGGUGUGGUACUUCGUUGUGUGAGCUGUGAACGAGGAAAACGUGUUGUGCCCAGAGCUAUGAUGGACUGAGUUUGGACAUGAGAGGUUUUCACUGCAAAAACAUCCCUUUUUUACUUUGUGAUCUUUUUCGAGGAAAACCACGUACACAAGUGGCCCAGAUCUGAUCUGAAGUCAUCUCAUUUGGUUUGUUCACACUUCUGUGGAAACAUCAGGUCUGAGUUACUUGGAGGGGAACUUCAGCUGUGAUGUGGAUGUGGCGUCAGAGAGAUGAUGUGACUUUCAGGUUCUGUUCCUGAAGUAAGAAAACCACAUUCCAAAUCCUGUCUACAUUUAAAACCACACUAACCAACCACAGGGCCUGAGCCUUUCUCAACUAUAUGUCACACGGGUCACUUCCUUUGUUUAGAUAAGGACAGUAGGUUUUGGAAAAACAGCCUAAUAUUGUUACAGCGAGCCGUGUGUUGAGUUGUUUUGGACCCAGUAACAAUGCAGAUUCGAACCCAGGCUAGACAAGAAAAACGUCUUUAAUGCUCCACAACAAACAAACAAACAAACAA